UGCAAGUACAACAGUUCUCUGUGCGCUCCCAUUCAUUUCCUGAGAACUGCCCGAGCCGAGCAGCUGAGAGGCAGAAGGGAAGGGGAGGGAGUCGCUCACACACACUCACACAUCUACACGCACGCACACUAACACUCCGCACAUUCACGCAGAGUGAGAGGAGAGAAGAGGAAAGGGAGAGGAGGAGACGAGACAGAGAGGACUGUGGAAAGGAAAACAGUCUCCUAGUCUCCACGGCUCUGCAGCUUUUGACAAGGCAGCCUAAGAAACAGGAUGUUAAUGCUUGACGGAAUGCCUGCAGUCCGAGUCAAAGUCGAGCCCCUGGAAUCGGAACAAGGGUCACCUAAAGUUCGCCCUUACUCUGCGAUGGAUGGCGUCCCCUUCUUCCUCAGCAGAGUAAAGUCGGAACCCCCCGAGGAUCUGCUCGCCCAUGACCUCCACUUCCACACGCAGACAGAACCUGUGGACCUGUCAAUCAACAAGCCCCGCCCCUCCUCCUUGUCUACCACCACCGCUAGUAUAACCUCCUCGUCGUCGCCCCCCCACAGAUCCGCCUUCUCCCCGUCUUCGUUGUCGUCCUCCUCGUCCUCCUCGUCUUCUCCGUCAGUUAUUACCUCGGCUUCCUCGGUGCUCACGCCGGGCCCCCUGGUAGCCCCCGGAAGCGGGGUGAGAGGUCAGCCGUAUUUGCACAUCCUGCAGUCCGUGCCGCCGCCUCCGUCCAGUCCCCUGAGCCUGCAGGGAGCCGGGAAGCUGGCCGGCCAUGUUCACCGCAUCCCAGUUGUGGUGCAGUCACUGCCCCUCAUGUACACCACUGCAGUGCGAUCGCCUUCCAGCCUCAACAACGCUAUCAUGCUGCCUCUAUUGGAAGGGGCCAAAAGCCAGGGCAAAGUACACACAGACCCCAACGGCCUGUCACCGAGGCAGAUCAAAAGUGACAGCGAUGACGAUGACCUGCCGAACGUGACCCUGGACAGUGUUAACGAGACCGGCUCCACGGCGCUGUCUAUAGCCCGGGCUGUGCAAGACUCCAUGUCGCCGUUCAGUAUUGACAGCAUCCGACGCCCCCGGAGGUCAGAGUCACCUGACUCGAAGAAGCGAAGAAUCCACAGAUGUGACUUUGAGGGUUGCAAUAAAGUGUACACCAAAAGCUCACAUUUAAAAGCACACCGGAGGACACACACAGGGGAAAAGCCAUACAAAUGCACCUGGGACGGCUGCACCUGGAAGUUCGCCCGCUCCGACGAGCUGACGAGGCAUUACAGGAAACACACGGGCGUGAAGCCCUUCAAAUGCGCAGACUGUGACCGCAGCUUCUCCAGAUCCGACCACUUAGCCCUGCACCGACGGAGACACAUGCUGGUGUGAAGCACAACGGGAGCGACUAAGAGAAGAUGUCAGCGGAGCAGACGCAGCCACACACAUGCACACACACACGCACGCAGACGCACGCAGGCAGCCAUGGGAGCGGGAUCUCCCUCUGAAUGUUUUUCAGCUGGCCUGGAAGCCCAAACUUAUUCACGCACACACACGCACACACACCCAAAUUGGAGAUGGAGAAACUGGAUGGACGGUCGGAGCAGAAAACAGGGUGACUUCCGGAUCCUCUCUGGAUGGGAAGGAAGCGAUGGCGGGAUCUUUCUCCGUCAUCGGAUAAUGAUGGGGAACUGCUUUUAACAGCACUGUUUGUUGAUGUUUAGCUUUGAUUUUUUCUUUUUUUUUUUUAGGAUGAAGUGGCACUCUAUAAAUUUGGAUUUUACUCACUUUACAUUACAGCUGCUUUUCCAGCGUUCAUAAUGUGAAAGACCCCUUUGAAAUCAGAGCGGGAAGUUCGACCUGGUGUGGAUUUUAACAGGAAGAGACUUGGUCGGAGUUGGAUUUACAGACAGUAUUGUUUUUUUUUUUUGUUUUUUUUGUAUUGCCUUCCCGUGAGUUGACCAGCAGAGGGCAGUGUUUGAUCAUGGAAGGUUUACUUGGACUUGGACCGUCACAUCUAAGGCGUUUUCUUCGAGAAGUUGAAUGAGGGUUGGACUUUCACCUUUUUUCCCCAAAGCCAGCAAAGUGCAAACAACUUCACAAGGAUGGAUCCAUUUUUACCCGAUCACUCAGCCAUUGGUUGCAGGAACUGGACACACCAAAUCAUCAUCACACCAGCAAAGAAGCACACAUUAUCAAACGGACUUCAGACAAACCCCAUUCUUCAUCAGUGCUUUUCUUUAUUUUGAGCCUCUUUAAAGCAUUUUCUUCAAAUAAAUCUUAUGUGGAUUUUGAGCUGUGAUUAGCAAUCAGUAAAGUGCAAUCUUAAAGAAUAUAUAUAUAUAUAAAUAUAUAAAUAUAUAUAAACUUUCAGUAUGAAAAUGUUUUCUUUAUUGAAUCUUGCUUUUUUUUUAAAGUACCUGCUUAUCGCUUAUGUUUGAUUCUGACAAAUACGACCCCCCCCUCCCCCCCCCCCCUCAUGUACAGUGAAUUUUGAAACAAUCAGAGGAGAGUAUGUGGGAAGAAUAAAAAAUAAAAACCCAACAGAGGCACCUUAGAGACUUUCAUUCUGUCAACAUCUACCUGUACUCAUCAGUCAACUCAUUUUUCCUCCUCUGAAAUUGAGCCAAAACAAGGAGUUUUGUGUGGUGGUCUUGGUACGGCAAGGUGGCCCUCGACCACAGGCUGUCGCUGACACCAGCUGAAGACUUUACGGAGAUAAACCUGCACACAAAGAAGAGCAAUACAUUCUGAUCAAAGUGUUUGAUGUCCAAAAUCAGAGACAAAGGGUCAAGGUCAGCCUCGCUCUGUUUCUGAAGCAGCUUCAAGUCGCGAUGUGAGGUCUCUCAGCUGGUCAUUCACUUCGCAGCAUCUUCUGUUUGUUUAUUGUUUGUUUGUUUGUUUGUUUUCGUUUUGUUUUUUAGUUUUCAUAAACAUCACUUGAAAUGUUCUCACCUCACUUUGGGCGGUUUUGUGGGUUAUCACCAGAAGUUUGGUGAUUGAAAUGCAGGAGUUGCACACCUAGUUACAUACAUACACCGCUUUGCAAAACUGUUAAUCCUUGAACUAUCUGACAUUCCGUCAUGCUAAAAUGACAAACAUCAAUGUAUGGUCCUGGGAUUUUAUGUGGUAGACCUAUAGUAGUAGUGUGUAGCUGUCAAGUGGGAGGAUACUGAUACAUUCUGAUUCUGCUUUCAAUGCAAAUAAGUAAAAAUCUGAAAAGUGCAGAGCGCGUACGCAUCCCUGAGUCAGUACUUUAAACGUCUGACGUAUUUGCAGAACAGCAGCAUACAUCCUGAGAUUUCAGUGGGCUUCUUUUAAAAGCUUAUUAAUUCACUUCUCUUCAUUUAGAGUUAUCAGAGUAAAGGGGGACGGAAAAAAUAAGCACAUCUUUUUUUGUUCCCGCUCCGCAAUCACGCACUACUUUGAAAAUCCCCUCAAAACCACAUUAAAGUUUAUUGUUGUAACGUGGUGAAAUGUGAUCAAGUUCAAGGAGUCUGAAAACUUUUGCAAAGCACUGCACAUAAUACAGAUAUUAUUAUGAAAUUGUAACAUUAUAUCACAGAAGAUUAAGACUGUAGAUGCAGUUACUGGCAGAAUUGUCUCUCAGAAAACAUCACACUUGACCUCAAUCAGGGAAUUCAAUUAAAAGUAUAUUUUUAUAGUCCUAAAGGCAACUAGCUCCAGCGCUUUUGAUUCCGUUUAAAAGCUUCAGGCUUUAGGUACCGAGCCAGCCGAUGUUAUAAGAUAUAGCGCUGCCAAAUGCAGAUAUUGGGCAGAAGCCAGUAAAAAUACACAGCAACCUUUUUUUUUUUUGAUUAAGGUAUCUUGAAAUCCAUAUGCUUUUACACUAACGCCUACAAACAUGCACACACACGCACACACACGUCAAAAGCUCUCACGUUUAGUAAAGAAGCCAAAUCCAGGGAACAGUUUUUCACACAUGCAGAGUUCAUGAGGCCCUCUCGUAUGUUACCAUUAUUUAUGUAUAUUGUUUGUGCACAUGUCAUUACGCCCAGUUGUAUUAUCGUUUUGGCAAAAAGCAUAUUAGCACCUUCUUUGUUUAUUGAGAUGAUUUUCAGAUAAUUUUAUUUCAGAUGUCAAUUUAUAAACAAAUAUUCGUCAUAUUUUAUCAUCCGUAUAAUGUAUUAGGACUCUUUUUGUGUGUGUGUGUGAUUGAGGGACACUUCACGUGACGGCUUGUAACUCUUUCUCUUAUGUAAAAAAAAAUAAUAAUAAUUUUCUUGGAUCUUUUGAAAUGUUGUAAUAUAUGUGAUAGUGAAGAUACAAAGCUAUUACAAAGUUCUACAACCUGUACAUACAACGGAGAAAUAGGGCUUUCGAUUCGUAGACGCAGGAGAUACAUUUAUACGCGUAAAGUCUUUUUUCUGAGACCGUAAUUUAUCUAAUUUGAUAUACAGCAAAAAUGGACUAAAGGUGUUCAUCAUGUAAAUGAUCAUUAUGGGAUGUUCUAUAACAGGUUUUUCUUUAUUAUUAUUAUUAUUAUUAUUAUUAUUAUUACUGUUCUGGUUUGGGGUUAAACAAGUUCACGAUCAAAUGAUUAUUUUUUAUUUUAUAAGGCUGCACCAGUGUUUGCUAUAAACAACAAAUUAUUUAUAUACACUGACCGUAUUAAGGUACUUGAAUGCCUGUGUUGGUAUUUUGCUAUUUUACAGUAGAAACCAGGUAUUUACGCAUACAUGCGCAUAUUUUUACUCACUUUCUGAUAUUAAAUAUGAUCAAAUUUUUCCUAUUUUAGGUCAGUUAGAGUUAUUAUUAUUAUUAUUAUUUACUAAAUGCCAGAAUAAUGAGAUCAUUAUUAUGUAUUUUUUAUAAUGACAAUAAAUCAGAAACUCAUUUCAUUUUUGAUACCUCUCCAGAAGCUUCUUACAGUAUUCUGCUGGAAUUUUGUCCCAUUCCUGACAGAACUGUUCUGACUGAGUCAACACACAACUUUUCAGCUCUUCCACAACGUCCCAUGGGACUGUGGUCAGGAUUAUGUCACUGGAUCACUCCAAAACGUUGACUUUGUCGAUUUUGAGUCGUAUUGUAACUAAUCUGGUGGGACGCUUAGGAUGGUCAUCCGUUUGGAAGACACGUUUGUACCCGAGCUUUAAACUUUGAGGCUGACAUCUUGAGAUGUUGCUGCAGUUAUUUCCACACGUCUGGAAGCUGAAGGAUCCUUCCUGCAGCUAAACAGACCCGCAACAUGACGCUGUCAAUCCUAUAAACUUUCCGAGAAAAUAUGACAAUAAUCAUUGUGGUCGAACACUUCAGUCAUUUCAAUUGUUGUUUUUGUUAAGAAUUAUUUUGGCACGUGUGGCCUUUUUUUUGACAGCAAUCUAAGUGGCCUUUCAGCCUAUUUUGAUACAAGACUAGUUGUCACAGGAUUUGGCUGAUUUCGUUUGAUUUGUCCAUGAUGGCACACAUGGAAGCAGCAUUGUUUCAGUGCAUGUAAAUCUCAGAAUUGAAGGAAAAAUAAAUUCAUAAACAUUAUUCUGGAAUUUAGGAAAUGGAAAUAAUUUCCUAAAACAAGUCAAGUUUUGCCUGUCCAAAUCACAGAGGGUGAGGAGAAAAAAAAGGUUGUGUCUUUUUUUAAUACAGUGUAUGUAAACAUCUGGUUUCAGCUGUACCUGAACGACAACAAUGAAAAAAAAAACCAGACAAAUUAAUCACAUAUCAACAAGACAUGUGCUCUUUAUCCAGUAUAUCUACAAAUGAUGUUGGAUGCCUUAAUACACCAAUGUUUAAACAAUUCAAUUAGACUUGAAGGUGACAUCUCCAUGGAGACAGGGUGUUAUCGUAUCCUCCCCACCCCCCUUCCCUCCUCUACACACCACAUCUCUUUCCUCGUUUUGAAGCAUAAUUUUGUUACGGCAACCAGGGUCAAAGUUAUGCAAUAAUGAUAAAUAGUGCCUCAUAUCACAAACUUGUAAUAUCACCUGCCCUGUGCAAUGUUUCGAUUCCAACACGUGUUCUUCAAUUGCUACUUUUCAAAAGGGGAAAUAAUGAUUUCUUUUUAUUAUGGAUGUUAUUUGGGAAUAAUAAUAAUAAUAAUAAUUUUUAAAAAAGCACAGACAACAAUAUGCAAGUAGGACCUCUAACAUUGAACCUUCUCUUCGCACUGAGCCUUAUAUCACGGUGUCAAACUCAGCGUCCCACCGCAACACGCUCACCGGUUUGAAGCACAUGUCAUUACUUUGGCUGCAAUAAGUUCUCGUCCAUAAGGGGGUAAACCUGAGUUACGAAGGCCUCUGGAUGUUUCAGCUACAGCACGGUGAUUUCAAAUUAGGCCAUGAGGAAUCGAAUCCACGGUUUGGUAGUUUAUGCCUUUGUUAAUGAUUUGAGACGUUCGAUCAGAUAAAAAAAAAAAAUAUUUUAAUUUCUGUGUAACAUCUGAUUUUGGAUAUUUUUUUUCUCUCUCUCUCUUUCUCUCUCUCUCUUCUGGUUUUGAAAACUUAAGUAGUGAAGCCAAUGCCUAUGUUUCAAGUUUGCUAAUAUUACGUAAUUGUUGUUCCUGUAUUUAUGUAAAGUGAGUGUUGUGUAAAUAUAUUCAGAUCUUUUCAUUCUUACCGUGAGGACAAAAAAAAAAAAUGUGAUUAUGCUUCAAAAGGGAGAUUCUGCUAAUGGGUAAAAAAAAAAAAAAGACAUUUUUAACCCUGGUAUUUUUAAAAAGAAUCAUUUUAAAAACAGGUGUCCUUCUGUUUUCUCUUUUUUUCCUGUUACAGUUUUAUUUUCUCCAAAAGUUGGUUGAGUAACAAGUCAGUGUUUUUUGCCUUUUAUUUUUUUUCUUGUACUUUUUUUUUUUUUUUCAAAUGGAUGGAGCUGUGAAAUUAAGAUAAGUUCAAACAUAUACAUGUAUAUUGAAAUGAAUGGAGGCAUGAAGGUUAAUAAAGUUGCAUUUUGUAUGUAACACUA